UUUUUUUUUUUCAUCAAUUUACAUUUUUCCUCUAUCAUCCUUCUGCUUUUUCCUCUUUCCUUUUGUUCCUUUGGAUCUCUGAAGCAGCGGCCAGCUCCUUAGACCACCACCACCUCUCUCUGAUCAACUUUCAAUCUCAUUCUCAAGCCAGGAAUAUUAACUGAAAUGGCUGGAGGAUUAAUUCAUCAAGUCUUACGGAGGAAACUUCAGUCUCAGUCUGCUGUUCCAGCUUUGUCAUGGUUUACUUCAAGGAAAGCUAAUGAGGAUGCAGGAUCUGCUGGCAUGAGAACGGUUGCACUCCUUGGAGCUGGUAUUUCAGGUUUGCUAGGUGUUGCGACAGUAGCAUCUGCUGAUGAGGCAGAACAUGGGUUAGGAGUUCCAAAUUAUCCAUGGCCUCACAAGGGCAUCCUCAGUUCUUAUGACCAUGCGUCGAUUCGUCGUGGUCACCAGGUUUACCAACAAGUGUGUGCAUCCUGCCACUCUAUGUCUCUAAUAUCAUACCGUGAUUUGGUGGGUGUUGCAUACACAGAAGAGGAGACAAAGGCUAUGGCAGCUGAGAUUGAGGUGGUUGAUGGACCUAAUGAUGAGGGCGAGAUGUUUACUCGUCCUGGUAAACUCAGUGACCGUUUUCCUCAGCCAUAUGCAAAUGAACAAGCAGCUAGGUUUGCUAAUGGAGGAGCUUAUCCGCCAGAUCUAAGUCUCAUUACCAAAGCUCGUCAUAAUGGCCAGAAUUAUGUGUUUGCCCUUCUAACUGGUUACCGUGAUCCUCCUGCUGGCGUUAUGAUUCGCGAGGGGUUACACUAUAAUCCCUACUUUCCUGGAGGAGCAAUUGCCAUGCCUAAAAUGCUAAUUGAUGGUGCUGUGGAGUAUGAAGAUGGCACCUCUGCAACAGAAGCUCAGAUGGGGAAAGAUGUGGUGUCAUUUUUGUCAUGGGCAGCAGAACCAGAAAUGGAAGAGAGGAAGCUGAUGGGCUUUAAGUGGAUAUUUGUAUUGUCAUUGGCGUUACUUCAAGCUGCUUACUACCGGCGUUUGAAGUGGUCUAUUUUCAAGUCUCGUAGGCUGAUUGUUGAUGUUGUUAACUAGCUUCCCCCCAGAUUCCCAUCAUACUGAUGUGCUUUUUGGGGAUUUGAUUUGGCAAUAAUUUUGCUUAUUGGGAUGAUCUAGUUUCUUCCAUGACAAAUUGGUGCUUCUUUCCCCAAGUGUUAAUUGAAUGACCUGAUGAGUCUUUUUUCCGAGUUGAGAAGAAAUAAGCUGCUCCACACACAUACAUUAAUUUUGCUCGGAGAAUUGAAUUUUUGUUAGAUUUCUUUUUAUAAUGCUAUAUAUUAUGGCUGGAUACUUGGAUCACUGUUCUCAGUGCCGACUAAAAUUUGUCGUUUACAUGUCUGUGAAUGAAAAUCAGUUAAAACAAAAA